AUGUCAUUCUCUACUCUUACUUGCAUCCGAACAGCUCUCCCUGCCUAUUCCAUGGCAUCGUCGAUCGCUGGACCUUCCCGAAUCCCCAUUCGAUCAUUCUCAGCAACUGCAUCUUCACUGGCAUCUAAACGUAAACUAAUAGCUAAAAGACGUAAAGCUUCGAAUAUAGCAUUACAAUCUUCUCGGAUCGUACCACCUGAAUCGAUUGAUCCUGUUCUGGGUAGAGUACACUACAGACAACCUUCUUCAAGAUCAAUAGGACCUACACCACCUGAACCGACGAAUCGAUACGAAGAUUCAAGGAUCUCCAGAAUACUGUUAAGUUAUGAUGAAAUAGCUUAUUCCACUCCACCAAAUUAUACAUCAGGUGAAAAACCGAAAUUCCUUUUACCUGGUAUAUCCCAACAAGAUUCCGAAUUGUUAUUCGGUGCUUUACCUCACGCUUCAACGGAACUGAAAUACUCAAUCAGAUCAGAAGGCGUCGAGGAAGAACAGAAUAAACAAUCUGAAAUGUUGAUGAGAAUAUUAGAUCUAAGAAAUGCAAGUAAAGAUAGUAUAAAUAUCAUAAAUAGACAAAAAGUUAUCGACGAAUUUGGCAAUGGUAAAGAUACAGGUAGUUCAGCUGUCCAAUCCGCUUUACUCACUGCAAAGAUACAUAACAUGUUAUCACACAUCACUUCAAAUCCAAAAGAUACUUCAAACAAGAGAUCUCUGAGAUUACUAGUUCAACAAAGAGCGAGACAUUUGAAAUAUUUCAAGAGGACAAAUAGUGAAGAGAGAUAUGAUGCUUUACUGGCAGAUUUAGGAUUGGAGAAAGGUGCCGUGGAAGGGGAAUUGAAGUUUACCUUUUAA